GACCCAGAGCGAAAGUGAAAGGAUCAUGUGACCAGAUUUACUUGAGGAGCGCGUUGGUUGGUUGUUCCUCAGCGAUGAAGAGGAACGUGGGACCCUUCGUACUCGCGCUUUGUCUUCUGAUCACUCCAGCAGAAGAUGAAAAUCACAGCUUAAUUUGCAACGAGCCCCUUUCCAAAGAAGUCGGCGAUAACGUCACUUUGGAAUGUCACCACGCGACAGGACUCGAUGUGACGAACCAAAGUGUCUACUGGCAGUUCAACAGCAGCAUCCAUGUCCUGGUCUUCAAAAGUGGAGGUUUCUCCCCUGAUGAUCAGGGAGAACAAUUCAAAGGGAGAGCAUCUGAGGACAGCAGCUGGAAUCCUGCCGAAGGGAAACUCUCAGUGAAGAUCUCAUCGAUUGAAAGAGCUGAUGCUGGAACGUACACAUGCUCUGUUGGAAAAAAGAAAAUGUCCUGCUCAACAGAACUCUCCAUCGGAGCUCUAGACGGUGCCCGCAGUCCGGACCCUGAUGAUCCAGGUCACCACCUCAAAAAUAAAGGAAACCCGGCAAACAACACCGGAUUGACCAGCGGAGGUAUGGGUGUAUUCUGCCUCUUCAUCGGCAUCGGCUUCGUCAUCUUCGGAGUCAUGAUAAUCUGCAGCAUCGCACCCAUAAGAGACUGCAAGAGACGCAUCAUUGGAUUCAUGAGCCGCAUCCUCGAAUCAUUUACAAACAGACAUCGUGAUUAAGAUGGACCCCCCCCCCCUCCCUCCUCCAGCCGUGUGACGGAGGAGCAUCUCCAGCCGCUUUGACCCAACACACUGCAGGGAAACAGAAAAGCUCUCAGAACUGUGAUUCUAUUGUACGGAUGCAGAUGUGAACCGUGUGUGGAACCAAAAACAAGUGCAGAAGACAAUUUAAAGGGACCAUUGAGAAAAAUUCAGGGGAAAAGCCAUUUAUAAAUACUCAGGGAGGGGGGGCCAUCUCUCAUGGCGUCCACCGUCUUUAUUUGAUACUCAGCCUGUGAAGUGAUGAAAUGGCACUAAAAUCAUAAUCUGGUGCAAUAUGAAAUAGCUGGAAAACACUUUAAAUACUCUGCAGGCUCAGACAACAACAUUUAUGUUAAGGUCAAAAGCUGAUUGUGCCAUGAUUACUGUGAACAGACCUUUUCUAUUUUAUUCAAAUGUAUUUUCUUAAAUUUCAUCCCAUGUGAUAAAGCCUUCGCCAGAAAAUGAAGUGAUUAAUUGAACUGUGGAGAAUCAAGAAGGCAACACGUGUCAGCUGCAAAA